AUGGCGUGGCCACGCCGAAAAGAUCGCAGAAGGCCAGGCGCUCUGGUCGCAGCGCUGAUUUUCGGCACCUUCGCGGGGCAGCUUGCUGAGACUUUUGUGGCGCAGAGAAAUGAGGCGCAGGCAAAGGGAAGAACAGAAGCCUUCCACCUAGCAGGUGCACCGAUUCUAGCCAUGCCACAAGCAGCGAAGGCGGCCAGCGAGUCUGGCCUUGCUGAGCUUUUUUCAGGCCUGAGUGAUUCCGGCGAUGGAGAAGGUAGCUACAUCAAGUGGGGCCUGUCGCAGCAGAUCUUUGCUGCUGUGUUUUUCGUGCUGUUUCCAUUCGGCACCCUGUAUCUCAUUUUUUCUGGCCGCCUUGGAUGGUGGAAUUAUGAUGAGGACGGCAAGGAGCUGACUGCGGAGGAGUACCGGAAAGCCAACAAUGCGGAGAAACCGACUUGGGGAAGGUUUCCAUGGGAGCUGGAAAGCGACCUCUACAAGAAGUAG